AUGAGUGAUAUCACAAAAGGAACUCAAACCAUAUCUCAGCUUAGGAACUUCUGUGCAUUUUAUGCGUUCCUAUCUUCAAUGGAACCUAAGAACCAUGUUGAAGCUUUGACUGAUGCAGACUGGAUUAAUGUUAUGCAAGCCGAAAUUAACGAGUUUGAAAGAAACAAAGUAUGGCAUCUAGAACCUAGACCUAAGAAAAAGAAGACAAUUGGAUUAAAAUGGGUGUUUAGGAACAAGCUAGAUGAGCAUGGUAUUAUUGUCAGGAACAAAACUAGUCUUGUAGUACAAGGUUUCAAUCAACAAGAAGGUAUUGACUAUGAAGAAACAUUUGCUCCUGUAGCCAGGUUAGAAGCUAUACGCCAACUUAUUUCAUUUGCUGCUUAUAUGGGAUUUAGGUUGUACCAAAUGGAUGUUAAAUGUGCAUUUUUGAAUGGAUAUCUUGAUGAAGAAUAUUUUGCUAACCUAAUGAGUGGAGAAUUCGAAAUGAGUAUGAUGGGAGAGUUAAACUUCUUUCUCGGAUUGCAAAUCAAGAAAACUGAAGAAGGAAUCAUGAUCCAUCAACAAAAAUAUAUUAAGGAACUGAUCAAGAAAUACAAGAUGGAAAAUGCAAAAACCAAUAAGACUCCUAUGGGUAUUGGAACUAGAUUGGAUGAAGAUCCAACUGGAACUUGCAUAGAUCAAACUAUGUAUAGAGAUAUGAUUGGCUCUUUACUCUAUUCUAACUUAAUAUUCCCUUGUUCCACAUUGUCUUUUAAAAAGUGA